UAGUUACACAUGCAUUAAAACUCUCCGAGUGUCAAGCCAUUCCGUAGAGCGAUUUAAAUUGAAUUCUCAAAUUUGUAGUAAUUGGCAAAUAUGACUUUCGACCGUGUUCUGCCAAUGGCAUUGCUCUUUGCGCUAGUUUCCUGCUACAACUACUGCAACAAUAAAACGCAUGUCUGCAAUCUGGGAGGCUUAAAACACUUCAUGUGUCAGCUGGACGAGGAACUGGCUGCAUUUGAAGGCACCAAAUUUUUAGAAAUCGUCCCGGACACCCAGUAUUUCCAAACGGAAGUGCUCUUAUUGCUAAAUAAUUUCCGGAACAAUCUGUCGGCCGGCCAGGUCGUGAACAAUGUGAACAUGACAUUUCCGAGUGCCAAGCGGAUGCGGCGACUUAUCUGGGACAGUGAGCUGGCCUACCUGGCCCGCGUUCAUGCGUCCACGGUAUCCUUUAAGCACACCGAGUGCCGCUCCACGCUGCGGUUUCCGUUUGUCGGAGAGAUCAUGUCAAUGAUGGAGGCUCCUGUUGAUCGCAAGUUGACCGUAGUGAACGUGCUAAUGAAUGCGUUUAGACCCAUGUGGAAGCAGCACUGGAUGGUGUUGGAUCCCGAGAGUCUUAGCCAAGGGUUCGAUCCCGUCAGGGAUUUUCUGGUCGGAGACUUUGCCCUCUUCAUCAACGAUCGUAUCUCACGCGUCGGUUGCUCCAUUGCCACGGGUGCCAACUGUCCUUACAAGGGCUCUAUCGGGUAUUGCCACUUUCUGACCUGCUAUUUUGACUACAAUAACAUUGUCAACUCCUCUGUCUACAAGGCUGGUCAGCCGACAAGUGGUUGCGGUGACUGGAAGACGACUGGCAACGCUGAUUGGAUCAAUCUGUGCAAGAACGAAGCCGAGUUGUCCGAGUUGUAGAU